AUGGCGGGGCAGCAGCAGGAGCUCGCUGAUGCCAUCAGGGAUCAGGCCGCCCUCUCCCUGCGACUCCUCGGCCACUUCAGCCUCCAUCGCAAUGACCAGAACCUCGCCUUCUCUCCCGCAUCCUUCCAUACAAUCCUCUCCCUCCUCGCGUCCGGCGCCACGGGCGCCCACCGCGACCAGAUCGCUUCCUUCCUCGGCCCCGCCGGUGCGGACGCGCACGCAGCCCUCGCCUGCCACAUCGCCGCGACCGCAAGCGCAACUAGCGAAACUCAAGCACCACCCAGCAGCUGCCGCGACGAGGAAGAUGAUGAUGAGCCAGACUUGAGCCCAGAACUCGUGUACGCCACGGGCAUCUGGGUCGACUCCUCGCUCCGCCUAAAACCCUCCUUCGUGGCUGCGGCGGCGUCCACGUACGACGCGGCGGCGCGAUCCGUCUGCUUCAGCUCAAACCCCGAUCACGCCAGAUCGGAGAUCAAUGCCUGGCUAGAGGCCAAGACCGGCGGCCGGUGGAAGGAGCUCCUCCACGAGGGCUCCAUCGGCGCCACCACGGCCAUCGUCCUCGCCAACGCGCUCUACUUCCGAGCCUACUGGUACGACCCCUUCGAGCAGAACCUCACCGAGGACGGCGACUUCUACGUCUCGCCGGGGCAGGUCGUGCGCACGCCCUUCAUGACUGGGGGCGCCCUGCACGCGCACAUGUGCAUCGGCGUCCACCCAGGAUUCAAGGUACUGCGAAUGCCCUACGCCGGGCCGUUUUCCAUGUGCAUCUACCUCCCGGACGACCGCGACGGGCUGCCGCGCCUUCUGGGCGCGCUCGCCGACGAUCCAGCGCCGCUCCUCGACGUGCCAGAGAUGCGUGUCCCCGUCGGCGAGCUGAGGAUCCCAAAGUUCGAGGCGUCGCUGAGGGUGGAGGCGUCGGGGAUCCUACGGGACCUCGGGCUGGACCUGCCGUUCAGACCGGCUAUGGCCGGUGAGUCCUUCUCAGAUAUGCUGCAACUGGACGACGCGGACGGUUCUUCCAUGAUGCCGGUGGCCGUGUCGUCCGUCGUGCACCAGUGUUCCGUGCACGUCAACGAGAAAGGUACCGUGGCAGCUGCAGCCACCGUCGUGGAGAUGCUAGGGUUUGGCCUGCCGUCAGAUCCGGUCGUCGACUUCGUGGCCGAUCACCCGUUCCUGUUUAUCAUCCGGCAGGAGAAGGGGGAUAACUCCGGGGUUGUAGUUUUUGCUGGCCAAGUCGUUAAUCCUCUUUUGGACUAA